CUUUGCUCAAUUGUAAAGCCUCUAGUUUAUCUCGCCCAAUUGAAUCUCUGUCUUUUUAUAUUCCUCAAAUCUAGACUGAGUAACAGACUCUGUUUAGAGAGAGAGAGGGAGAGAGAUUUCGGGGCCCUGUCCGUGCAACAAUGGCUUUCAUAUCAUUUCUCGGUCGAGUGCUCUUCGUCUCUGUCUUCAUUCUCUCGGCUUACCAAGAGUACAAUGAUUUCGGUGUUGAUGGUGGGCCAGCGGCAAAGUCUUUGAGGCCGAAGUUCAACGUUUUCUCAAAGCAUGUCACAACCCACACUGGAUUUGUGGUGCCACAUGUUGAAAUGAAACACUUGAUUUUGGGUUCCAUCAUAAUGAAGGGGCUCGGAAGCCUGCUGUUCAUCUUUGGAAGCUCGCUUGGAGCUGUCAUCCUGCUUCUGCACCAGUUAAUUUCCGCACCCAUCUUGUAUGACUUCUACAACUACGAUGCUGACAAGAAAGAAUUCGCCCAACUCUUUGUCAAGUUUAGCCAGACUCUGGCAUUGUUCGGGGCACUGCUGUUUUUCGUUGGCAUGAAGAACUCAAUGCCGAGGAGAUCUCCAAAGAAGAAGGCCCCUAAAUCAAAGACAAACUAAGAGGACGCGGACAAGUUCAUUUUUGGUUAAUACACUGCUAGUUUUUGUUAGAUUGUACCAUUUGCAUUACGACGGUUGCUUCAUUUUCGUCUGUCUUCUUUGUUACUCUUUCGCAUACGCUUGUUUCCUUUUGGAUAUUUUGCAAAUUUUCGGUUAUUAUUCGGAAAUUAAUCAUAGACGAGACUUAGAUUGGAAUUAAUUC